UCAAAACUCGCAAAAAGAGAGAAGAAAAAAGCAAACGAAACUCCGCGGAGAAGGGUGGGUUUGGAUAGCUGGCAAAAGCGAAGCCCUGAAGAAAAGCAAAAUAUUCCAGCAGCGGCAGCGCAACGCCAUUUCAAAACAAAAACAUUUAACCGCCGUGCGUGAAUCGCGAUCCGUUCGGAAACAAUGCGACCCCAGUACCGUGCGCGCGGUCGUCCGGAUUACGGCGGAGGAGGAGGAGGUCGAUUCGGCGGUGGCAACUUUCGUGGCAGCCGCGGACGCAGACAUAUGCGACGACCAAGCUUCGACCACCGUCCGGCGCUGGUAUCGUCGCCGCACAUUCACGCUCAUCACGAGCGGACACAACAUCCGCAGCCACAACCCUUUCGGUCGCCGGAUCGGAACUUCCAUCCUGGAAAUCAACACCCGCACCCCCACCACCACCACCACCACCAUCAUCAGCACCGGGAGUUGCAGCAGGAGGAACGGCAACCGGUACCAGCGGUUGCUGAGUGUUCCCACCGGACAGAGUCACCGUGGCAGCGUGACCGUCGUGGGGUGAUUGAAGUGGCCGCUGAAGCGGUGGUGAGACCGGAAAGUCCGACGCCGUCGGAGAGGCACCGCAAGCGCAAGCGGAAGCACCGCAGCCCGACCAGCCCAGUGCUGAGCAACAUUAGCUCCGGCAGCAGCAUCUACGUCGAGGAGGAGGUCGAAGUCGAGAUGGACAGCGACGGGAACGCUAGUCCGGAUUACGACGAGGUGACCAGCGAGGAGGAAAGUGUCGAGGAAGAGGUCGAAGAGGAGGAGGAGGAGGUCGAGGAGGAGAUUGUGGUUGUGAAGAAGAAGAAACGAAAGAAGGACAAGAAAAAGAAGGACCGGGAACGUCGCCACCGGAAGAAGGAAAAGAAACGCAAGAAGGAAAUCCUGGAAGAGCGGAUUUGUCCGCCGGAGCAUGAAGUGGCCGCCCAAAAGGAGAUCUUCUCGUCCGGGCAGAACAUUCUGGUGAGCGUAAGCUUCGAUGACGAGGCUGUUGGCGCUGGCGCGGAAGCCGAUGCGUACAAGGCUUACCGGAAGGCCAAAAAGAAGAAGUCGAAGCGGGCAAAGCUCAAGGAGGAACGAAGAAAGCAGGAAGAGCUGGAGGACGAGUUUCCUUCGAGCAGUCAGAAGAGAAUUCGUAAGCUGGACGACAGCAUCAAACCGGUGGCCAUAAUCGACCUGGAACGAUCACCGGGAAAGCAGGUCAUCUCGAGUCCCAAGGAGGUCAUCGUGCUGAGCGAUGAGGAGGCCGGCGGAAGUGGCAAAAAGAAGAACAAAUCCGGCACCGAGCAGGUGGGACCAAACACCCCUCCAGAGCCGGCUCCGAAAUCCCCCGAAUCUUACGACCCCUUCGAUCCCACGAAAUCUCCAAUGGAUUCGCUCGCAUCCGGCGUCAACAUGGGCAGCAUCUCGACGGUUAGCUAUCCGGAUCAUCACCAGCACCACCUCCACCACCAGCACAGGCAGCGAGUCGCGAAGGAAAUCGCCUCGCCCGAUCUCAACUCCGCCGACGACGGCAUUCUCGAUCUGCACCCAUCCUCACCGAUGGACCAACUCACCCCUCGGCAACCCUUCCGACAAUCGCCGCAAAAAGCGCUCCGCUCAACCCCCGCCAAGAAACCGUACGCAGCGGUGCCAAGCGGAUGGGAAGAUCCGCUGGACGACGGGGACAUCUCGCCGUACUCGCCACGGUCCAGCGACUGCGACGAUCACAUGUUUGAUCCUCCGUCGGCGGACGGUGCCACCAACAGCUCAUCCCAACAGCCCAAGACGAUCGCCCUGACGGUGGACAACCUGCGGCGGGUGUUUGGCAACGACAAGAACACCCUGUACGGCGACCUGCGCCGCCCCAACGAGGCCGUCCAGCUGGUGGACGAAAUGUACAAACCUCAAAAAGUGACCAUGGAGAUGCUGGACGACAUGCCGAAUUCUGCCGUUGAUUUGCAGAUCAAGGAGAAGCUCAUCCAGAAGCUCCAGCGGCAGGAUCGCAUCAUCGAGGAGGUGAAGAUCUUCCUGAAGCCACACUUCAAUAAGAAGCUCAUCAACAAGGAAGAGUACAAAACCAUCAUGAAGAAAUCGGUUCCGAAGAUCUGCCACAGCCGGUCCGGCGAGAUCAACCCGGUCAAGAUCCAGAACCUGAUCAUGGCGUACGUGAAGAAGGCGGUGGCGAAGCGGAAGAUCGCGGGCAGCAGCAGCGGCAACGCGAUCGUGUCGUCCACGACCGCGGUCACGUGAUAGUACCGGGCGGCGGCGCACCUUGUAUUAUACGAGAGCUAAGAGAUGGAGAUGGUGUCUCUGGGAGAGUGGCCACGUGCAACGGUCCCGCCGACGCCUCCGCCGCGAAGAGGGACAGAUAUUUCAAUUGAAACAUUUUAGGGUGGUAAGGCUUGGAAGGAGGCAGCAGAAUCAGAGGGAGUGUAAGUUUUAAUUUAUAAUUUCUUAUUUUCUCAUUCUCAACGCAUCCUUUCCCAUGCUGAAUCGAUAGGCUUAUUUUUGGACACUCGAUUUAAAAAUCAAUCAUUGCAAUCUAACGCGUACGAACUUAUUAGUUGAUAUUAAGUAAAUUAAUACAUAUAUUAUUAUUUUCAUGAAAAACAACAUUGAACUGUGUACCGUUCGUAGACGAAUCGAACUAGUGAAAUACAAGCUCCUUGAGGAGUGUUACAUAAUAAGGCAACAGUGGAGUGAAUUGUAAGAAUAGCAUUAAAUUUCAAUGUGAAGAUUUUCUAGAAUCUAGAUGAUGUUGUUUAAGUGCAAACACGUAUAAAGUUUUAAUAAUCCCCCUUUGAAUAAAAAUUCGGCACAUGGAGUGCACUUUAGUGUGAGGAA